AUGCACCCCAAAACUACCACAAAUCCAUUGGAAAUCUUUUACGACGGGUAUUACUAUGACAUAACCGAAUUUUCUGCUAAACACCCGGGCGGCGACAUUAUUUUGUACUACACCGAAAAAGGGGAGGAUGCCACCCAAGCCAUUCAGCAAUUUCAUAACCGAUUCUUCCCAAAAGUGAAGUUAAUGCUGGCCAAUUUGAAAAGGCGACCGGCCACAGAAAAUGAUAAUCUGCUCACACCUGAAGAAGCGCAGCGCCAUCGCGACAUUACCCACGAUUUUGCGGAAUUAUUCGCCUGGAUGAAAAGUCAAGGAAUGUUUGAGCCGUCACCGUGGCGAAUAAUUUGGCGAAUUGUGGAAUGUUCCCUGAUGUGGACGAUUGGCCUUUACUUUUGUGGCAGUAGAACCUUUAUUCUUCAAUUCUUUGGGGCCGUGCUGUUUGGCCUAGGCGGUGCUCGGGCCGGUUGGGUAAUGCAUGAAGCUGGACACCACUCACUAACCGGAAACCAUAACGCUGACAGAUGCAUCCAGUCAAUUAUUGUGGGCAUUCUAGGCGGGGUUGGAGGCGGGUGGUGGAGAAGACACCACAAUAAGCAUCACGCUAUGCCUCAGAGAAUAGACUAUGAUCUGGACCUCAAUACGAUGCCAGUUCUUGCAAAUUCUAUCGAAGUUGUCAAACAUCCGCGGCAGGGCAGUUCCUUUUUUAUUCAAAAUCAGAAAUGGUUGUUCCUCGCCUUAGACUGUUUCCUCGCCACGAUGGCUUGGCGGCUGUACAGCAGUCCACGAAGCGCUCUCAAAUACCACAACUACUUCGACCUGCUCAUGAUGUCGAUUCAUUGGUGGAUUUUGUUAACCUUUGCGCCUCCAUGGACAAUAAUCUUUGGGGUUUGGGUCGCAGGAACGUAUCUCUUCGGAAACUUUGCCCUUUCCCACAGCCGUCUUCCCGUCGCUAGGAAACAGACGCACUGGGUCGAGUAUGCUUUUCGACACACGGCAAAUAUCAAGUCUUCCUUGUGGAUGGACUGGUGGACGGGGUACUUGAACUUUGAAAUAGUGCAUCAUCUCUUCCCCACCCUUCCUCCCUUCAGAUCGUAUUUAGUGAGGGAUAAAGUUAUCGCUUUAGCGGCGAAGUAUGACCUUCCCUACAACGAAUUUUCCUAUAUGGACGCGUGGGCACAAAAUUUCAGAAAUCUGGACAAAGUUGCGGAACAUUUUAAAUAA